AUGCACUUUUCAUUUCGCGUGAACACUUCCAAAACGUAUGACGUGACCACCACGGCGGACGUGACCAGAAGGCGCGCCGCUGAGGUACGCCGGGUCGACAUCCUCCGCGCGCUCCCAGACGCUCUCGCACGCGCCCUGCCACACGUGCGGGUGUUCUCGCUUGGUCCGUGCAAGGCAGCUCUGAACGAGUGUGAUCGAUUGGUCGGGCGGUCGGGGGAAUUCUGGGAGUCCUUGAACCCGGAUUUCUGCGCGGUGAUUAAGGCGCAGGACGCGGUCGACGAGGAGUGGGGCGAGAUGAGUUCCCAGGUUGACGAGCAUCUACGCGAACUGAGGCGACGAGCGGACGAGACUGCGGGGCUUCGGGACGAGCGGUGGUGGUGGGUCGAAGGAGAGGGCGAAGAGAGACGGUCGAUCGAGAUUUGGAAGGAGAAGGGCGAGUGGGCGCGCGAUGUGAUCGAGAGCGUGGACUUCCAGCCGGGCGAUCUCACUGGAAUGUUUUCUAAUAGCUGGCGCUACGACCCAUAG